GCUCCACUGACCUGAUCCCGCCCCACCUCCGUCUAUUCUCAGCUCCUGAGCUAAUACGGCGCCAGGACCCGACAGCGUCUGUCCUGGGAGGAAACUUCACUCUAGGCUGGAAGCGCUGCUGUCCCGCUCUCCUGUCUCCUUCAGUACCUCCGGAUACCUCCCGGUCUUCCCGCCUCUCCAUCCUGAUUUUCCAGCUUCUGAGGUCCCUCCCCUUUCGCUGGGCGUGGCGCAAAAACCGGAAGCUAAAGUGUACUUUUGCGCGUGCGCGAGCCGUGGGCGCUGUUCUCUAGUACCCUCGCGCGCGUCUGAGGUCAGUUUUCACCUGGGUCUGCAGCCUGCCGGGGUUCAGUCUGGCCUUUCCCGGGUCCCUGCACUGGAGGCGGAGAGCUUGGCCUUGAGGGGCGGGCAGCGGUCAAAGGGCGGCCGCCGCCUGGACCCCCGCGCCCGAGGCCUCAGACACCUCGGCGUUUCCUCAGAGCCCUGGCCGGCUGCACCCGUGGCUGUUGCACUUCCCAAACUCACUGAAUCGGAAACUCCAGGCUGGGUGCAGCAGUCGGAAAGAGAGCAAAGUAGAGUUGGAGAACUACCCACGUAUUUAAUUCACCUCCCAAAGCGUCCUUUGCUAUCUUUCCAAAAGGGAAAAACAUCCCUGCUAUUCGGGUCACGGAGAUGAGAGCCUCACCUUGUUGUCUACGCUGAUCUGUGGAUUUCGGCGUGUUCGGGAACAUGGAUGAAGAAAGAAGAGCUACUGAGUUACAGAAAGACAUGACACAGGACUCAGUGGUCUUUGAGGAUGUUGCUGUGGACUUUAGCCAGGAGGAGUGGGCUUUGCUAGAUAUUGCUCAGAGGAGCCUCUACAGAGAGGUGAUGCUGGAGAACUUCCAAAACCUGGCCUCAUUAGGUUUUGAGACUCAGCUUAAAAGUAGUGCGUCAGUUAUUUCACAAAAUAAUUAUGGAGAAAAAAUAUCUGAUGAACAGAAAAUAGUAAGAUUCAAAAGGAAUGAUUCCUGGUCAUCCAUUUUAUACAAAAACUGGGAAUACCAUGCUGUUGAUGACAAGAACAAAAACCACAAGAGACAUCUGGGAAGUCAUGUGGUGGAGAACAUCUGUGGGUGUAAUGAAGAAAAUCAGUGUGGACAAACCUUCAGCCAAAUUUCAAAUCUUAAUAUACUCAAGAGAACUACUGAGGUAAAAUUGUAUGAAUGCCAUGAAUGUAAAAACGUCUUCACAGAUCAUUUAUCUCUUAGAAGUCAUGUCAGCUCUCACACUGGAAGCAAGCCCUAUCAGUGCAAGGAAUGUGGGAAAGCUUUUCAUUUUCUUGCUUGUUUCAAGAAGCAUAUGAAAACUCCCACCGAAGAGAAACCCUAUGAAUGUAAGGACUGUACCAAAGCCUUCGGUUGUUCUUCAUUCUUUAGGGCACAUAUGAAGAUUCACACUGGAAAGACAAACUAUGAAUGUAAGGAAUGCGGAAAAACCUUUAGCUGUUCUUCAUCCCUCACGGAACACAAAAGAAUUCAUAGUGGAGAUAAACCAUAUGAAUGUAAGGAAUGUGGAAAGGCCUUUAGUUGCUCCUCCUCACUCUCCAAACACAAAAGAAUUCAUAGCGGAGAUAAACCAUACGCAUGUAAGGAAUGUGGGAAGGCCUUUAGUUCUUCUUCUCACCUUAUAAUACAUAUAAGAAUUCAUACUGGCGAGAAACCUUAUGAAUGUAAAGAGUGUGGGAAGGCCUUCAGUGAGUCCUCAAAACUCACUGUACAUGUCAGAACACACACAGGAGAGAAACCCUAUAAAUGUAAGGAAUGUGGGAAGGCCUACAAUUGUCCCUCUUCCUUAAGUAUCCACAUGAGAAAACACACUGGAGAGAAACCCUAUGAGUGUCUGGAAUGUGGAAAAGCCUUCUAUCUUCUCACUUCCCUUAAUACACAUGUGAAAAAUCAAAGUAGAGAGAAACCCUAUGAAUGUAAGGAAUGUGGAAAAGCCUUUAGCUGUCCCUCAUCCUUUAGAGUGCACGUGAGAAAUCACACUGGGAAGAUACAAUACGAAUGCAAGGAAUGUGGGAAGACCUUCAGCCGUUCCUCAUCCCUCACGGAACACCUGAGAACUCACAGUGGAGAGAAGCCAUAUGAAUGCAAGGAGUGCGGGAAAGCCUUUAUUAGUUCUUCCCACCUUACAGUACAUGUCAGAACUCACACUGGAGAGAAGCCUUAUGAAUGUAAGAAAUGUGGAAAAGCCUUUAUUUAUCCUUCAGCUCUUAGGAUUCACAUGAGAACGCACACUGGGGAGAAACCCUAUGAAUGUAAGGACUGUGGGAAAGCCUUUCGCCAUUCUUCAUACCUUACUGUACAUGCCCGAAUGCACACUGGAGAAAAGCCGUUUGAGUGUCUGGAAUGUGGGAAAGCCUUCAGUUGUCCCUCAUCCUUUCGGAGACAUGUAAGAAGCCACACUGGAGAGAAACCCUAUGAAUGUGAGGAGUGUGGGAAAGCCUUUGUUUGUCCUGCCUACUUUCGAAGACAUGUGAAAACUCACACUAGAGAAAGCAUGUAAAGGUAAGGAAUAGGGGAAUGUAUGCAAGGAGUUUCAAUCUCAGGCAGCAUGUCUCAUGUGGAGACAUCCUGUGACUGCGAGAAUAUGCGACAUUGUUGCUCAUGCGUUUGAAGACAUUUGAGAACUCACAACUGGAAGAAACACUUUGUAUGUAAACCAUGUGGUGAUGCCUUCCUGAUAUCACUUGUAAGUGAAAAUCACAUAAGAAAUAAGUGUACAAAAAAAUUCAUACUGGAAGCAAAGAUCAGUGCCUCACCCUUACAGUGGAAUGUUUACUUAUUGAUUUCUGGGUUUUAUUUUCUGAUAGGAAUAUUUAAGGUGAUAAAUUUCCCUCUAAUUCCUUUUUAGCUCUAAUAUGUUUUAUUCUGAGGUGCUUUUAUUUUGGUUCAGAUGUAAUUGUUAUUUCCAUUACUAAGUCCUGGAGUGUAUUUUUUCAUGUGCAGGCAGGAGUGGCCCUUUUUUAUUAGUUUCUGAUUAACUCUCACUGUUCUCUAUAAGUGUUCAGUGAUUAUGGUAUGGACACUUUGGUAUUUAUAAUUUCUUUUAUAAUUUUUAAUUGAUUUUAAAGAGGAAGGGAGAGAGAGAGAAACAUCAAUUUGUUGAUACACUUAUUUAUGCAUUCAUUGGUUGAUUCUUGUAUGUGCCCUGACCAGGGAUUGAACCCACAACCUUGGCAUAUCAGGGCGAUGCUCUUACCAAUUGAGCUACCUGGCCAGGGCCCUCUUUUAUAAUUUUCUUUUGUGAUUGGUAAUUGCAUUUUGAUCUAGUAUGGCAGAUACUGGAAAUUGCCUAUUCAAUAUUCCCCCCCCCUUUUUUUACUAAGUGAAACUACAGCUUUUGAAAUUAAUAAUUUUUUUACUAUUCAAUGCUUUUGCUGUCUAAUAAGUAAUUUCAGCAGAAAUUAAUGUGCAAAGAUCUUAAAAGAAGUGUCUUACCUGAUACGUUGUUUUUGUAUUUCAUUCUUUGUUCUUUCUCAUGGCUGGGAAUUGGACUCAAUGUUUUGAGAGUGAAAAGAGACCUUGUAACAAGAAAGCGACAGGUAAAGUUGGGUGGGUUGGCUUCCCUGUGUUAAUUUGGGCAUGGCUGGACCUUACUUCCCAGAAUCAUUUCCUUAUGCAGUUCCAGGUUAGAGUUGUCUAAAAUAAACAGUUUGUAUGUGAAUUGGAAGGCAGAGGACAGAAUCUCUUAUUUUUAGUUUAGUGAGGCCAUGAGACAGGGAGACAGAUGCAUAGAGUGCCUGGUGGGCUCUAGUUCCAGCUCACUUUCCUGAUUAUUAGCCCCAGCAAUUAAUAUUGGCUCAAGUGGAACAUACAGUGCUUGACUUAAGUUACCUUAGAAGCAGCAGUUCCGUAGACAUCGCUGUAAGUUUCUCCAUCGUGGCCAUUCACAGCCUCUUAAAUUUUUGGCAAGUUUUAGCAUUGCUGAUAUUACAAUCCCUGUGGCACAUCAACUGAUUAUACAGAGUUGGCCCCAGUUUGGAGCAGGACUGUUGUCAUCUCCACAGUCCAGUUCCAUUAUGUCAUUCUGCUCAAGGAGGAAGUACAUCUAUGUAAGUUCACUGUGGUCCCCAAACAAGCAGAGUUGUGGACAGUCAGGAAAAUUAGGUAUAAUUGAAAUAAGCAUCAGGGUACCAAUCCAUUUUAGCGAAGAAAGAUUUAUAUUUGACACUUUCAAACAAGGAAGAUUUUAUCACUUUUUUUAAAAUCUGGGAAGAUGAAAGUUAUUUGGUUUAUGCUUUAAGUGCAUUUAUCAACCUUUUUCCUUCCAUUAUAUUUUCCCCUUAUCUCUAAGAGCGCAGUCCUGUGCCACAUAUGACAUUUCAUUCAACAACAGGUGGCAUGUCUGAUGAUGCUCCUGUAAGAUUAUAAUGGAGCAGAAAAAUUUCUAUUGCCUGUACAUUCUGUGAUAUUUGCACAAUGAUGAAAUUGCCAAAUGAUGCAUUUCUCAGAAUGUGGCCCAGUUGUUGAGGUAUGAAGCACUGUACACCUGUAUCACUUCCCCUUAAUCACUUUUUAUUGUUUUAUUGAGAUAUAUAUAUAUAUAUACACACACACACACACACACACACUAAUGUGCAUGAAAUGUGCUAAUCUUAGGUGUACAGCUUGAUGAAGUUUCACAUAAUGUUUACAUCCUGAUAAACAGGACAUUGCCAGGACUCUUGAAAGUUCAUUCAUCUUCCUUCUCAGUAAGUGCUCCAAAGAGGCAAGCCCAAUUUUGACUUUUGUUACAGUUUAUUAGGAUUGCUUGUUCUUAAUCAUUAUAUAAAUGUUAAAAUAUAGUAUGUACAGUUAUGUGUUUGGAUUCUUUUCUCACCAUAAUGUCUGUUUGCCUUUUAAUUGCUCUUUGGCAGACUAAUACAUUUCUCUUGGUAAAUGCUUUAUACAUGGGAAUAAAAUUAGUGAAUCCAAGGGUAGAUUUCAUACUUAGUUUUGGUAGGUAUUCCACUUUUUCAAAAAGGGUGAUCCCACUUAUAAUCCUAAAAGCAAUAUAUGAAAGUUCCAGUUAUUUCACUUAUCUGGUCUGCACUUUCUAAUUUUAGCCAUUCAGCAGAAGAUGUGGUAAUAUCUUGUUUUUGGUUCUAAUUUGCAUUUACCUGACAUGUAAUGAUGUUGAGUACAUUUUUAUGUGCUUGUUGACUAUUUGGAUAUCUUUUAUGAGUGUAUCUAUUAAAGCAUUUCAUCAUUUUU